AUGAGUGAGAUCAAGAUUGUCAAGAAGAACUACAAGAUAGACUUCAAUGAUAAGCUAUUCUUUGAUCUUCAAAAGAUGAUAGCAUUAGUCAAUGUAAUUAUAAAUACAUAUGCUGAGUUUCAGAAGAUCUAUGCUCAGACAGCUCACAUUUUUCAGAUAAUUAAUGUCAUUCAGAAGUCAAAGAAUUUGUAG